GCUCCCGCGGGGACCUGGCCUGUGACGCACCAAGAUGGCGGCGCCCAGAAACUAAGCCGGGAGAGAAUGUCGCUGGUGUUGCUCAGAGGAGUCUCGGCGGCGGGGGCUGCCGCGCUGCGCGGAUGGAGCUGCCUCGGGUCGAACGUGGCGGCGGCGGCUCGGGGAUCACUGCAUAAGAGCCCCCUCCUUCAAACAGCCAGGGAUUAUGCCAGGCCUGUCCGUAGAAAAAAGCAAGAAAUCCCCAGCCAUUUGGAUGAUCUGCCUCCCACAAUGCUGAAGAAACCUUAUGCCAACAUCCCAGUUAUAGACAAGGUAGACGAUGUUGUGAGAAGGUUGCUGUCUCUGGAAAUGGCAAGCCAGAAGGAGAAAGUGAAAAUCAAGAAACAGCAGCUAGCAGACCAAGUACGGAAGUCCCCAACUGACACUAGCUCCUUAGAGGUCCAAGUUGCAUUCUUGACAGCCAAGAUCCGCACGCUCCAGGAACAUCUGCAUAUGCACACCAAGGACACAGUCAACCGUCGCCAAAUGCUGAUAGCCAUAGACCGGCGGAAGAUGCUGCUGAAGUACCUGCGCAACACCAAGUACGAUGUCUUUGAGAAGACGUGUAAGGUGCUGGACAUCAAGUACGAGUUUCCCCCAUUGUACUGCCGGAGAGCCACCCGGCGCUGGAUCGCCAAGAAAGCCUUGUGCAACAAGGUCUAUCAAGAGGUACAGAAGCUGAAAGCCCCGCAGAGACUGAAGCAACGGCAAGAGUGGCUAGAGAGAACCAGGGCCAGAGAAGCAGAGAAGCAGGCAUCACCAACUGAAGGCAGCCCAGUCUAAGCCAAACCUACCCUAUGUUUGGGAGGGGGCUCAUAUUGAGCAACAUCUUCUGAAGCUGGUAGACAAUAAAUGAUUUAAUCGCCA